GAAGCAGUGAGGCAACUCCGGGGGCCGUUGUUCGGUGCGGCGGCGGCCGACGGAGGAGGCUCGGUGUCUGUGGCUAGCGGGGCAGCUCGGUUCCUCACGUCGUCCCUGUUUUCAGGAAGAGCUAAAGAUGGCUGAAUUUCUAGAUGACCAGGAUACUCGACUGUGUGACAACUGCACAAAAGAAAUUCCUUUGUGUAACUUUACCAUCCAUGAAAUCCACUGUAGAAGGAACAUCGGUAUGUGUCCUGUCUGCAAGGAACCAUUUCCCAAGUCUGAUAUGGAGAGUCACAUGGCCACAGAACACUGUCAGGUGACGUGCAAAUGUAAUGAGAAGUUGGAGAAGAGGCAGUUAAAGAAGCAUGAGGAGACGGAGUGCCCUCUGCGGCUUGCUGUCUGCCAGCACUGUGACUUGGAACUUUCUGUUCUCAAAUUGAAGGAACACGAAGAUUACUGUGGUGCCCGGACAGAGCUGUGUGGCAACUGUGGGCGCAAUGUCCUUGUAAAAGAUCUGAAGAGUCACCCUGAAGUUUGUGGGAGGGGGGAAGAGGAAAAGAGGAAGGAGGCUGCCAUACCUUCUAAUAUGUAUGAUGAGUCUUGGGGUCAAGACAGAAUCUGGAUUGCAUCCCAACUCCUCCGACAAAUUGAGGCUCUGGACCCACCCAUGAGGCUACCCCGCAGGCCCCUGAGAACCUUUGAGUCAGACUCUUUCCACAAUAGGACUGCAAGCCAAAGGAACGUGACAGCCCAUUUUCCAAUUCAGAAUAAUCUAUUUGAAGAACGAGAAAGGCAGGAAAGGAAUAGAAGCCGACAGCUCCCCACAAAGGGUGGUGAGGAGAGUGCAAACUUGGAUUUCAUGUUGGCCUUAAGUCUGCAAAAUGAAGGCCAGGUGUCCAAGGUGGCAGAACAGGACUUCUGGAGGACUGUAUGUGAGGCAGAUCAGUCUCAUGGUGGUCCCAGUUCCCUGAGUGACAUCAAAGGUGCAGCUGAGGAGACCAUGCUGCCUUGUGAAUUCUGUGAGGAGCUGUACCCCGAGGAGCUGCUGAUUGACCAUCAGACAAGCUGUAACCCUUCACGUGCCUUACCUUCACUCCAUACUGGCAGCUCUUCCCCUAGAGGGGUAGAGGAUCCUGAUGUCAUCUUCCAGAACAUUCUACAGCAGGCUACACGUAACCAGUUAGAAUCUUUGAUGGGCCUGAGCAAUUCCCCCAUUGUGGAAGACAGCAUUAUCAUCCCGUGUGAAUUCUGUGGGGUUCAACUGGAAGAGGAGGUGCUGUUCCAUCACCAGGACCAGUGUGACCAGCGCCCAGCCACAGCAAACAACCAUGGGAUGGAAGGGAUUCUUAGACAGGAUUCUGAGCCUCAAGAGACCUCACCACAGCUACUCAGGAGGCGUGUCAGACACCAGGGAGACCUGUCUUCUGUGUGUUACAUGGAUGAUAUCAAGCAGGAAAGUGCUAAAGGAUCCAGCUACCCUCUGCCUCCCAGCAGACCCAUCAGUAAUAUGACAACUACCUGUAACCGGCUACUAAAAUCAACAUCAGGCCCCAGUUCUGGGUUCCAGCCCAGCCCUCCUCGAGUGCUAAAGCUCAACAACACAGACAGCCAGGACAUCGGGGGGCGGAAUCGGAGUGGCUAUACCGGAGCCAUGGCCCCCGGGCAUGCUGCAGCAAUACACUCCAUUCGAAAUCUCUGUCCAGAAAGCCUUGUGCCCUCUCUACCCCGAGGGCCUGCGGGGGCAUAUGGAGCCAGUGGUAGGAGUGAAAGUGGCAGGAGCUCCCGGGCCACGCCUGCAACUGCCAACUACCGCAAUAGAACUGCAAAGGCAAAGCCCCCGAAGCAGCAGGGAGCUGGGGAUGCAGAGGAGGAAGAGGAGGAGUAAUGAUGUCUGCAGAGGCCCCUCCCAUGGGUUCCUAUCUUCUAUGCAUACCCGCACUUGCCAUGGUGCAGGCCCUGUCUCUGGGGCUUUUCACGCAGGGGAGACUUUCCAGAUUUUAACUUUUCCUAGGUUAUGGCCAUUUUGUGUCUUUGAGAUUGUGCUGUGGAAAUUCGGGUUUGAGGGAGGGCUAUCAGCGAGGCUGGUGACAAAAGUCUCAGCCUUAGUGGCUGCCGUUCAGCAACUAUGAAAUAUAAAGUAUGGCAUCUUGACCUGCCAGGGAUCCAUCCUUCUACAUACUGUCACCACUGCUUUUUGGUGCUUUGAGGUCCUGGUGGAAGCGGGGGUGGGUUCUGAAAAUCUGGUAGCCACUAGUGAAGUGAUUCUCUUCUAUGUGGGGGGCUAAACUUGAGGCUUUUGGGUCACCUCCCCUAUGUACUACCCCUGCCCCUGCCUAUUCCAGCCUUGGGGUCUCUGGUAAAGCAGUCAGGCCGGUUGUCACGUUAGGAAUGAGGCCUUUGGAGAGUUGAAUUGGAGGGGUGGACUAGGGGCUGUGUUUUAAGCUGUCUCUCAGCAUGCAUGUGGCAUCACUGCCUUCUGUCCCUGGUAGGGAGCUUGGCUCCUUUAUCCUCAGCUGCCCUGUAAGUGGGGAAGCUAAGCGCUUCCUGUCCUGAUCAGGACUGAGGCCUCAGCCCCAAGCUUGCUCUGAAAACCAAAUGUCAGAGCCCCUUUCCCUUCUUUUAUUUUACUAUUAUAAUUAUCAAUUUCCUUAUAAUAAAAAUAAAAUUUGUACUUGGCGUUCAGCUAGGUCUUGUGGUUCCUUUUGUGCUCUCUGAUCUCUGCCUUCUGAGUAGCUAGGAUUACAGGCGUGAGCCACUGGUGC